CAAAAGUGUGCUUGCCAUGUCGGAGAAGUCAACACGUGGCCAGGCCCACGCCCGGUCAGAGUCCCAGUCUCAGUUCCAGGCAGCUGCCCAGCUAAAUGCCACAGGCAGACGGAGCUCCACGCCGCAGGCUAAUGGCUCCUCCAAUCGCUGCCUGAUUGCCGUGAUUGUCUACCUGGCCCUGCUGCUAGAUAACAUGCUGCUAACCGUAAUUGUGCCCAUUCUACCGGAUUACUUGGCCGGCCUGGAGUCGGAUUCCUCUUCGCCGAUCGUGCUGAGUCUGGAUGAUACAUCCCCAGCCUCAAAGCUAUCCUAUCGGGGCUCAGAAUCUCCGACAGGUGGUCAUCCUCAGCUGUACAUUGCCAAGCAUCCCAUACCCGGCAAAUCGAUGGUCAAUUUCACCCUGUUCCAGAUGUCCACAGAGGCGGCAACUACCAUCACCACUCCACCCCCGAACAUGCACAAUUUCAACUCCACCCCCACACCGGCAAUUUCGCUUUUGAAGCCGUCAGAGGGUCAGUCGGGUGGCACUAAUUCGUCCAGGAGCAGGAACCGCAAGGUGGCGGCCCCAGCCGACAACAAGGAGCUGACCUUGACGCAGGAGAACGGUUCCAUUGGCCUGCUGCUGGCCAUGAAGGCCCUCGUCCAAUUAAUUUUCAAUCCGAUUGUCGGUAACGCGUCCAGCAAGUUUGGCUACCGCCUACCGAUUGUGGUUGGCACCUUCUUCCUGCUCCUCUCCUCGCUGGUAUUUACCAUUGGCGAAUCCUACUGGGCACUCCUGGUUGCUCGAGCAAUUCAAGGUGUGGGCUCGGCUUGCAUCAACAUCUGCGGCAUGAGCCUGGUGGCCCAGCAUUAUCCGGAGGAGGCGAGGCGUUCCAAAGUGAUGGGCAUCAUCCUGGGCAGCAUAGCUUUGGGUGUGCUGCUGGGUUAUCCUUUCGGUGGAAUCCUGUACGAUCUGAUGGGCAAGUCUGCGCCCUUUAUCAUUCUCUCCACGCUGAUGUUCCUGAGUCUGGGUCUACAGCUGCUGACCAUGGAUCUGUCCGUUCAACCGAAAGUGGUGGUAGAGGCAACUCCAAAAUGGCGACCCCUACUCGAGUGUAAAAUGAUCUUGGCCAUUGUGCUGGCCAUAUGGUUCUCCACCUCCACGAUGGCCAUGCUGGAGCCAUGCCUGCCCAUCUGGCUGAUUCAGUAUCUGAAGCCCAACAAGUGGCAACUGGGCACUGUCUUUAUACCGGAUUCGGUGGGUUACUUUGUUGGCACCAAUUUCUUUGGCAGCAUUGCCUAUAAAUACGGUCAGGUGAAGGUGUCCUGCAUCAGUUUGCUCCUGGUGGGAGUUGCCUCCAUUCUGAUCCCAAGUGCAACAACUGUUGCCCAACUAUUACUGCCCCAUUUCGCCUUGGGUCUGGGGAUAGGAGUAAUUGAUGCGGCUCUCGUUCCCCUGCUGGCCACCUUUGUGGAUGCCACCCUUUCCCAGGAGGAGCACAGCGAGGGCAGCAGCUCCAUGUCCAGCUAUGGCACUGUCUACGCCAUACAACAGACCUCCGUCAGUUUAGCCUAUUGCCUUGCUCCUCUGAUCGGAGGUGAACUGGCCCAGACCUUUGGUUUCGCCUGGCUGAUGCGCAUUGUGGGCAUAUUUAACAUGAUCUAUGGCCCCAUUCUAGUUUAUUUGUACCAGAAAUAUGAUCCCAAGGCCCUAAGGGAGCAGCACAAUGACAUGUUGCUACAAAGCAGUGGAGGUGGAUCUCGAUACAAGCAGCUCUACAACUCCAUGGAUGUGGAAUAAGUUGCUCAUCUGACCAGAUCCUCACCAAAUCUCAAAGCAAAGUUACUUCUGGAAUGCCUAAAAUUUGGAUGUUCCUAAGGUUCACUUUAAGCAAUAUAUUUCGAGCAAAUUAAACCCAUUUAAGAUUAUUAACACACCAUACUUUUCCUUUAAAAAAAUUGAAUCUCUUUGAACCAAAAUCGCUUUAUCAUAUAAUCAAUACCAUUGAGUUGAAUAAUGGAA